GUGGGAGGGUAAGCAAUGAGUAUGUUUGUUUGGGUUGUUGGAAAUUAAAUGUGAUAUUUAUCUUUUGCAGUGUAUAGUGGAGAGAAUUGUGGAGUUGAAUUAAUUGUGUCACUACGAUUUUUUUAUUGAAGAUGAAUACGCCGGAAAGGUGUAAAAUUUAUUGACUGAUGCAAAGAAGUUAAUUGUCGUGAAGAAUCAUGUAACAGAAGAGGAGAUAACCUUCUUUCUCGGAGUGUAGAACAAGUGACUGCUGCUUCAUCGACUGCUGAAAGACAUAAAGAAGAUGCUCCUGAUGGAACAGUCUGGAUAGAAGCAGUGCCUAAUUCACAAGGGUUACAUCAUGUCAUCAGUGAGAAGAAUAUUGCAGAGGGAAUUAUUUCAGCCAAGUGAUGAACAGCUUGUGGCUGUAGUUCAUGUCAGUAAACCAAUGAAGAAGAAGAAAAUACACCUUUUAUGCAUUACAGUCUCAAAAGAAAAGCCGUUUUCUGUGGCCAUUCACCAGGUUAAAAAGACAGAUAAAAAUGCUUACAAGAAGAAAAGAACCUGGCUUCUUACAGAAAUGAAGUUGUUUGAUGGGAAAAAUGUAUCUGUUGAUACACAUGAAAUGGACAUCCACUUCGACAAAGUGUACAAGUGGGUCGCAGUGAAUGUACAGGAGAGACAAGAAUUCAUAAUGUCAUUAUAUGAAAAUUAUACAAAAUACUUCCCAAAGCAACCACUGCCCUUUCAGAACAUUCCAAGAGACUACAGUCGAGCUCAAAGCAUUCAAGUUCCAAGUGAAGUUAUAGUUACAUCAGGGGGCUAUGCAGAACCAGUGGAAGCAGAGGACUAUUUAGCACUUACAGAUCGUGAGGAAACUGAUUUGGAAGUAUUGAUAUCCCAGUGCCAAUUUGGAAUCAGUAAUGCUGAAGCAUUUACAGAUAUGUUAGCAAAAGACCUCUCUGUUCUGGAUGGUGAGAAUGUGCACAGUGUAUUAGCAUCAGAAAAACAAGUUGAACAACUUAUGGAACAAAUUGAGGCUGCAAUAACAGAAGCAGAACAUGUUGAAGCUAGAUUAAAUUCGUAUGAUGAGGUCCUUUGCCAUAUAAGAGACACAAUGGAAAAAAUGGAGGAAAAGAAUUUAUUAAUAGAAGUUGCAAACCGUAAUAAUCGCAAACUACUGUCAGAGCUGGAACAAGUGAUUACUCAACUUGAUCUGCCUCAUAAGCACCAGUCAUCUUUGGUGGAUGCUGACUUAACAAGUCCUCAGGGCCUGCAGAAUGCAAUAGCAGCAGGCAAGGCUCUGCUGGCAGCAAUGAAUGCAGAAAUUCAUCCGGCCCUUGUCCGCCUCGCUUCUGUUCAAGAACAGAGGAAGAGGUUUGAAAAAUGGAAAGCAAAAUUCUCACAGACAUUGUCAAGACAUUUCAACAAUCUUUUUAUACACCUGGGCAAUGAUAUUGGUCAAACACUGAGUUUUCAUGCAAAUGAAUUGUUAUUGCCAAAACACAAUUCAGUUCAUCGAGAGCUUGAAGUAUAUACAGAAUUAAUGCACUGGUGCAAAGCCAUGGACCGUAAAGCUUAUUUAGCUUUAAGCAAAGUUUAUACAAAUUCCCUUAGCAAAUUGUAUGAAAGAGAUAUUAAACAAUUUUUUGAAGAGGCAAAACAACAGAUAUCUGGAAUGAGGGAACGAAAAGGUAAGGGCAGUGGAUCGAAUCAAGACAUCACAGGGAAGUUGAAACAGCAAGCUCAAAGUUUUGGGCCAGGGAAAACAUCAGCCCCAGUUGGACUCCUUGGAAUGGAACGUGACCAGUGGUGUAUAGAGAUAGAUCAGGCUGAACGCCAGCGGUUUGAUGAAGUACUUGAGAAAGUUUUGGCACAGUUGGAACCUGUUUGUCUUGAAGAGCAAAAUUUUUGCGUCAGCUUCUUUCAGUUGGAUGUGUUGAGCCCAUCUACUAAGAACACCCAGACAACUUUGGAUGGUCUUGGACUGGACACUAAAAAUGACAUGGAUAGUUCUCCUCAGGUCCCUGGCGCUUUGCCCCUGAAAAAGAUGGAAAAACAGAUAAAUGAAGAAGUUCGACGUAUGAUGGGAGACCUGUUUAACUGUCUUGAACCAGAACUUAUGAACUUCAUCUCAUAUUAUGAAAAAAUUGACAGCUUCUACUGUAUGUAUGUAUUGGUACGUCUAAGUCAGCAUGUGAUGUCCGCCCAAGACACCGGAUCGUUUCUUAGUAUGACUUUUGCAUCAGCUUUGGUUCAAGUGAAAAGAAGCUUUGAUCGUUUUAUGAUGGCACAGUUGAAAUCUAUAGAGGAAGCACGUGUAAACCGUAAAAGCAAAUGUGGGAUUUUGCCAUAUGUAGAUAACUUUGAGGAGUUUGCUCAGACUGCAGAAACUAUUUUCAAGAGUACAGACAGACGUAAUGACUUAGACAAAUGGUAUCUGAAAAUAGUAUCGGCCAUGUUUGAAGCUAUUCCACGUAAUGCUGCAGAGCAUCACAAAACGCCACAAGAGGUUGUUAAAAUGGAAAAUUUUCAUCACCUGCAUGCUCUGCUGUCCCAGUUAAAAAUUGCUGUUUUAGAUGGGUUACGAAAAGAAGCAAAACAGAAGUAUAGUGAAGCUCUGAAAGCAUAUGUUACACAGUAUUUUGGAAGACCUUUGAUAAAAUUAAAUUUAUUUUUUGAUGGAGUUCAAGCUAAAGUUGCUCAAGGUGUUAAAGAAUCGGAGAUAAGUUAUCAGAUGGCUUACAGCAAACAAGAAUUGCGGAAAGUGAUAAAAGAAUACCCAGCACGAGAAGUGAAAAGGGGAAUAGAUAAUCUGUAUCGCAAAGUGGAGAAACAUCUCUGUGAGCAAGAAAAUCUUUUGCAGGUUGUCUGGAGAGCCAUGCAAGAAGAAUUCAUACAGCAGUAUAAGUAUAUAGAAGAACUUAUUCAGCGGUGUUACCCUGGCUCCAUGAUUACACUUGAUUUCACGAUACAGAAUAUUCUUGAAUUUUUUUCAGAAAUAGCUAGGUCACAUUAGCAAAUGUUCCUUCCGAAAAUGAAAAUGUGGAAGCUGUUUGUUUGAAAAAAAAAUCACAAAUAGAUAGCUGUACUGUAAGAUCUUGGAAUGACCGAGAUAACACAGGUCUGUAAAAAAAUAUUUUUGGAAAGUUAUUUGAAAUUUGAUAACUGACUUUUAUGUACUUUUCAGUGCUGAUUUCAAAAAUGCAAUCCAUUUUUUCUAUCAUGUCUUCUUUUCUCGAAAAAAAGGAAGUAUUUUUGGGCAUAAUAACAAAAUUUAAGCAAUUUAUCACAUUUUUUCCAACAUUAUAAAAUUUUAUUUUAUUUAUAAAUCAUGUUCUAAACUACGUAUCCAGUACACUUCCAUUUCUCUUGUGGCUAGCAUUGCUGUCUCUGGAUCACGGGGUCCCGGGUUCGAUUCCCUGACGGGUUGGGGAUUUUCUCUGCCCAGGGACUGGGUGUUUGUGUUGUUCUCAUCAUUUCAUCAUCAUCAACAUUCGUAAGAGAGACUCGAUUCGACUGAGUAAAAAUUGGACUGCGUAAAAAUUGGGACUUUGUACAGGUGCUGAUGACCGCGCAGUUGAGUGCCCCACAAACCAAUCUUUUAAAUCCAUUUCUCUUUAAGCUCAUAAGUCCUUAUAAUAACACUUUCAGUUUUCUUUUAUUGCUUUUCUGGCUGUGGACUCGUUGAGGAUCAUCUCUUUUUAUCAUCCAGCAGUAGUCCGCUAUCAUGUUGACAUUCCACCUUCCUUGAUAUCUUCUUUCCAUUUCUUUGAUGUCUUGGCAUCUUUCGCUGUGCUCUUCACUUACAUCACCAAGGUUUGCAGGGAAGUAGUCAUAAUGUGAGUGGAGAAAAUGAUCUUAAAUGCUCAUGUUACAGCCCAGCUUCUUAAAGUUGUCGAGCAUAUCUGCGACGAUUGUCUUGUAGUUUGGAUCUCUUUUGUUUCCUAGGAAGCCGGUAACAACUAAUUUAAAAGAUUUCCGUGCUGCCUUUUCUUUUGUUUCCAUUUUGUCCACAAUUUUCGGAUCUGUCAUUAGUUUUCUAAUGUCUGAUCCGACAAUGAUUCCUUCCUUUAGCUUUGCCUCGGAUAAGCCAGGAAACUGUCCACAAAGACAUUUGAAACACGCCCCUUCUUUUGGCAAUGCCUUAACAAAUUGUUUCAUCAGCCCCAACUAAAUGUAAAGUGGUGGAAGUAACACCUUUUAGGGAUCCACAAGACUUUUUCUCUCAACAUUUUUAACCCCUACCUGCAAGGUUUUUCUCAAGGGUCAAGCUUUUUUUUUCUAGUGUUGCUUUCUGUCUCUACUGUCCCAUUCGCAGAGAAAACAAGGGAACUUUGUAUAGCCACUUUGUUCACCAAACAGCAUUGAAACCACUUUUAAAUCACCACAUAGUGUCCAUUUUUGUCUGAAUAGCAUAGUUUGUUUAAAACCAGUUCAAGGUUUUCGUAACAUUCUUUUAAGUGAACCGAGUGUCCAACUGGUAUAGAAGCAUACUUAUUGCCAUUGUGUAGAAGUACUGCUUUAUGGCUUCUUUUUGAAGAAUCAGUAAAAGGUCUCCACUCAUCAGGAGCAUAUUCUAUUUUGAAACGUGCCAUAAGUCCAGGAACAUCACUGCAAAACACCAGGUCACCUUCUUGAGAGAAGAAAGAUACAAACUCCUUUUCCCUUGAUCGAUACCAAGAAAAGGAUGUACCCUGAGCCAACACAUGUUUAUCUUUCAAUCUAGAUCCUAAAACCUCUGCUGAUUCUUUAGAAAGGCCUAAGUCUCUAACUAAAUCGUUCAGUUCAGAUUGUGAGAAUGGAAUGGAAUCAGUUGUGCCAGGAUCAUAGCAAUCUCUGUCUUCUUCACUAUCACCUUGCUGAGCCAGUGACUUGUGAUCAUCUAUAUCAUCCAAAGAAUCUGGAGAAGAGGGUAUUGGUACUUCAGGUCCAUGAGGAACAGGGCGAAUGGCUGAUUGAAUGUUAGGGUAAGAAAUAUCCUUUCUGUUUUUCAAAUUGAAACCUCGUAUGUUGCAAGAACAAAAAUAGCAGUCAUCACUACGAUUUUUGAGCUCCCUCCAAACCAUUGGUAUUCCAAAACGUAAGGACUGCUUUUUACGUUGAAACUGUUGCCUCAGUUCUUGAACACACACUGAACAAAUUUUGUGUGGGGCUGAAGGCUUAUCUUCAUCACCUAACUUUAUGCCAGAAUAGGUGAAAUGUACUUUUACAACAAAAUUCAUAAAUGUUUCUUUGUUGCUUUUUAACGGUAUAGUUACCACAAAUGUAGUAGAAGCAAUGUGGCAAGUGUAUACAUCCUCUGGUAGCCAUUGUCCACUGUCCAUAAAACAAUUUCACAACACAAGAAAACAGUCACUACUUUAAAGCACUAGUAACAACAACAUGCGAACAGCACAGAGUGAAGAGGUACUGUGAACUGAAGGACAAUAGCAGAAGCUCACUGCUUGGUGAUGGUGGGGGAAGGGGCAGCGCGACAGACAGGCACUGACAUGAAAAUACUGCUGGCUUCUCCUAAUUACUCCUUAUAUUAUGUAUAUCUAGUAUAAAAAUGGCUAAUUAACAGUUUAUGAAGAUCUUAAAAACCAAAAUUCAAACUCACUAGAGUGCUGAAAUAUUAAUAAAAAAAAAGCUAAAACUAGACAAGCAAUUUGUGGAAUAGCUGUAUGUGAUGGAAUUUUUUCAUUAUUUUCCCGAAAUCAAUGUUGAAAACACUAUAAAAAUCACUUAAUAAAUUUGAAACAAUUUUUAUGUCGCAGACCUGUGUAAUUAUUUCCUUACAAAGAAAUUCUUUUUUUUUUUUUUUUUUUUUUAAAUAUAAGCAAACCUUAAUGGUAAAAAUUAUGUUUAUGUCCAACACUGUGGGUUACUUUCAUUGUAACAGUCAUUGCAGAACACCCACACAGUAUGGUAAUCUUGAUUAGAUUAUUAUCUCUGUAUAUAAAUGUGAUUGUCAUAAAAAAAAAAUCAAAAGUUGAAAUGUUAUGCUUGUAAGACAUGAAAAUAAAUUUCAUAGUGUAAUAACUUUGUAAA